UUGUGGCGAAAAAUUUCAAUUGGGGGAAAAUAUCCGGGCAGAUUAAAGCGCAAGGGCAUGAGGCCAGAAUGCAGUUGGGCAGUCGACAGUCACGUGGCGCCGUCGGCGGCAGUUCGCGCUGUGGAAACGUCUUUAUAAGCUCAUUCUGUUAGCUACGUAAUGGCCAUGUUGGGUUCAUUUUCGACUCGAAGACUUGGAGGCCAGCCCGUUCUACUUCCGGUGGCGUUCGAAGUGAGACAGGAUCGGUCCAACCGAUCUGAAUUAUGUGCGGUGUUGGCCACACAACGUUAUGCGUCCGACACAAGUUGGAGUGUCGGAAGUGACGUACCGAUGGUCUCCACUCCAGCGUUUCGUCGUAUCGGCACUGCGUUCGACAGCAAGCUAAUGGCCCGAAGUUGCCGCAGCCUUCACGCUUCGAGUCGAUCAGGUCGAAUAUGUACAUGUGUAUCCUAUGGGUAAAUUGCCGGAUCACUCCUGAUAUCUGAAACUAGCUUCACGUGGCCAUAUUGGUGGUACCGCUUACCAGCGUCUGCAGCGACAACGAGUAUUGUGUGUGAACAUACGCGCUGUGUUGCAAGUGCAGUUAUCGCGGCGCAUUUGAGCUCUGCUAAGAGACAGGUGUAGUGGCCCCCACCCUGCAUUCGAUUUACCACUAGGCCAAUACCGACUCAUUCCAUAACCUCACCAUUGCGAAGAAACUUGCUGCCACACUCCACGACGAUAGGGAGCACCAAAAUCACCGAUUGACUUGCAGGGAGGGAGGCUAUCGGAGGGUUAUUAGAGAUACGAUCGAUUCCCGGUGUUGAACUUACGUUGAAGUGAUGUCAAAAUGAUGGUCGAUCCUCUCAUUGGUCCAAAAUUCAAGCUAGAUAUCAUCCAUGUCAUUCCGCAAUCUACCCUGCCGCAGCCACCACAUUCGACCCUGCUCCUCAUUGAUAAUGGACGGCAAGAAGCGCGGACUCCUGAGCGCCGCGUACGCCGGCGUGGGAGUGAUCUUCACCGCGGCGGCCAAGUUCGACUGGAUGUCCAAGGGCGCGGCCGCUUCGUUCCUCUCGCUCGUGUGGCUGGGCUUCGUGCUCGCGAUCUCAUGCACCGAGUCGUGGGUCAAGUUCCGCGCUCCGUUCAUGCCGCGUCAUCUGGCACUGGAUCUGGGUCGCACCAUGUUCGCAGCGCUCAACUCAGUCGAGAUUGGACUCUGCGCGGGGCUCUGGCUGCUGCACUUCCUGGUAUCGUCCGAGACGGGCGACGCUGUGUGGCGCCUCAUCGUCGCUACGCUGCUGUUAGCCGUCCAGGCUGCGUGGCUCUACCCGAAGCUGCAGCUUACGGCCGAGUUCGCUCUGUAUGAAGCGCUCAAGGAGAUGGACGACGACAGCAUGUCGUUCAACCAGAAGAUGCAGUUCGGCGAGAUCCGACACCAGGUCCAGAUCCAAGAUCGCCCUAGGGUGAUUUACCACAUUCUGUACGUUGGAGCCGAGUUGGUCAAGAUCCUGACGCUCCUCAGCUUCGCGCUGCACUUCCUCAAGGCCAUCCCCGCGUGAACACAGUAGGAAAGGUCAGAGCAUACUUUGUUCAAGAUACAUAAUGUUCGUUCAGUGAUUGGUUAAAAUGUUAUGUGGACGUGCGUCAGUUGAUUUUGCGUGUCAUUGCUG